CAGCUGUUGAACUGACAUUCCAGCAUGCUGAGCCAUGAUGAACACUUCUUCGACGUCUCAGAGGAUGAGGAAUCAGAGGAAUUCUUCUCUGGUGGCCUUUCGCAGGACGCAUCACCGGAAGCCCCGAGACGCAGCAACCUUCUAUGCCGAGCAGCGGAGAGAUUUCCAGUGCUCAACAACUUCAUGCAAGCGCUACACAAUUUCACGGGGGAUGAGGAGUCACUGCAGCGGGCGAGGAAAGUUAACCCCUUGCGGGGCUCUGGGCGUUUGGCGCGGGGCGCUGAACACGUGCCCUUCCUGAACAACGUGAUGCAGACGCUGCAUCGCGCCAGCGGCAAGCAGGAGGACCUUCGCCGCGCGCGGCGGAAGAACCCCCUGGGCGCCAACGGCUACAUCACCAAACUCGGGGAACAUAUCCCGGGCCUGGCGGACACCAUUUGCUGUAUCCACAAGUUCCGGGGCUUGGAUGCGGAGGCAGAAAGGGCCCGCGCCUUUUCUUUGCACCGCAUGGUGGGGCGCCAGGGCGCCAUCACUCAGCUGGCGCAGCUGCUGCCAGGCACCAAUUUGAUCGCGGCGCUGCUGGCAGAGGCGAAGGGGGACCGCAAGGAGGCGGUGAAGGCGCUGAAUCUUCUGGAGAGCUGGCGGGACGUGGCGGGUGCAGACGGGGCGCUGGCGCGGGUGGCAGAGCUGCUACCGGGGGUCGACAUCAUCUCCUUCGGGCUCAUGGUGAACCACGGGCAUUUCGCCCACGCUGUGCGGGCCGUUUGCAAAACGCGGUGGGUCGAGGUGACGGCACAGUCACUGUGCAUCACCCUGUCCACUGGAUGUGUGGAGGAUUGGGUGGUGAUAUCUGUCGACUCAGACAUGUGCCUACAACCUCGAGCCACCUCCCUGGCCGGAGGCCUGCUCGAUGUUUGUAUUCAUUUGCUCGACUUCGAUUACCAUGGCAACCGGAGAUGGGUGACGGCAGGACUGGAGGAGGAGCUGCCAUCCACCUGCACCAGGAAGAAGAGACGGGGUCUCAGGCGCGCCUUCGACAAUGUCAAGAUCAUGAAGGCCAAUCAGGCCCUUCAUGGUUUGUUGGACUACCUCUUUCUCUGCUCGCCUGCGCUGGUCGGCUAUCUUGUUGAGCUUACAAACUGGGCUGUCUAUGAUUGGAUACCAACCUCUGUUACGAGCAGACGUGUGCUGCAAGGGUUCUACAUCAUGUUGCCGCCAAUGGUGCUUGAGGCCCUGCCGACAAGUACCAGCACGGCAAUUUCGCGUGCAGUCCAGAAUUCCUUGCCGGGAGUCACGGUGACUCAUGGUCAGAUGCCCGUGAACCCCUCCAAUUUCAAGAUUCCGGAGCGCGAGAUGGAAAGCACACUGAUUGACUGGCUCCCCGAAGUGUGUACAGGCGCCAGUUGCCUUUCUCUCUCUUGCAUGGCGGCCGGGGUGCAGCACCUGUUGCCGGUCGCCUGCCUUUCCGGGUGCCUGGCCGGGGUGUCGCUGCUGCGGCGCCGGCUGCGCAGCAACUUGGCGCGGUGGCUUAACGAGUCCAACGAGGGCGCCUGGCAGUGGAUGGCGGCGCCCGUGCGCCCGCUGGCGGUGCAGAUCCACGAGAUCCAGGAAGCCGAGGAGCUGCCGCCCGGCGCCGUGCUGGACGUCGCAGGCUCGGAGACGGUGGUGGAGAACAUGUUCGAGCCCCAGGGCGUCACCUUCGCGUGGUCCAGGCGAACGGAAGCCAAAACACCCACUUAA